CUAAAAAAAUCCAAUCACGAAAUAGGAAUCGAAAAUCAACCGGAGAACGAAGGCCAAAACAAAACAAAAGGGACAGGGUUGGGUAUUGUGGACGAGGUUCAUACCUUGAUGAAUGCUAUGGCUUCAGCCACCAGUAGAAUGGUGCUGAAUGAAAUGUUGCACCUCUCUUUCACACUUCCAUUUUCUUCGCUUCGUGUCGGUUCUGUGCUUUCUCGUGCUCUCCCCUUCUCUCCAUACCGGAAUACAUCACUUCUUCAAUCACGCCACUCUCGCUUCCCUGCAAUUCGAUGCGCUUCUUCAAAUUCGGAUUCUGGCAACAAAGUAUCCUCUCGAUUAUCACAGGUUCAGCAUCUCCUCCAUGAAGCUGAACAACGAGCUCUCUCUGCUGAUACUGGGCCUACUCCUAAAAUCUCAUUUCUUCAUCAUGUUACUGUGAGCUUUGCCAGAAGCGGAGGACCUGGGGGUCAGAAUGUGAAUAAAGUGAAUACCAAGGUGGACAUGCGCUUCAAUGUUAAAAAUGCAUAUUGGCUAAGUGAGAGGAUCAGGGAGAAGAUUAUUCAAACGGAGAAAAACCGUAUCAACAAGGAUGGGGAGCUUGUGAUUUCUUCAACCAAAACUAGAACACAGAAGCGUAAUAUCGAUGAUGCUUUGGCAAAGCUUCAGGAAAUCAUUGAUGCCGCAUCUUAUGUCCCACCUCCUCCAUCAGAAGAACAAAAGAAGAAAAUUGCCAAGAUGGCUGCCAUAGGAGAGCAGAAACGCCUUAAAAGCAAGAAGGUGCUUUCAGAUAAGAAAGCGUUUAGAAGAAGUAAAAGUAGUUGGGACUAAUACAUUGUAUUCCAGAAUCUUGAAACUGUUUAUCCCUUUAGGCAGUGAGGGCACAAAUGCACAAUCCUCUGAUACUGCCACUAUUCAGUACAAACACAUUAGAUGGAUGAUUGAAAAUAACCAAGAGUUUGAGCAACAUAACGCAACAUUCUGCCAGCCUACUAGAAGGAUCUCAUGCAACUUGUGGCUGCACAUAUAUUGGUAGUUAGUCAAAAUUGUGAUGCAGCUAUGAUUUCAUGCAACAGGAUUAUUUAUAUCAAAAAGAAAUACCAUAUUUUAGUUGAAUCUGUUAUGUUUAAUUAGUUAUCUUAAGCUCUCCCAUGUGAUUUGGCAAUUAUGGGUCUUCUGCAUUAUUGAAGGUCAGCAACCUGGGGAACAUGCUUCAAGUCAGAAGUAUGUUUGAUACACAAUUCGGUUGCUGGGACGGAAUUUUGUCAUUUUGGUAGUUGGGAAGUCUGUUCCCUAUACGUUUCCAUGUUAGAACAAGGCCAUCUAUGCACCCCAAUUUGUUAAAGAUUUUAAAAUCAGUACUCAUUACUCUCCAUUGCUUAUUACUUUGGACUAA